UGAUUCUGAGCGUCUGGGACGGGAUGGAUGCCUGUGGGGCUUCCCAUGAUGCCCUCCUGCAGCUUCCUUGGCUUCCCGUGAGCAUCAGCGACUGCCAUCUCCUCGCCAAGAGCUGGUUUGGGGACUCGGCGUACCACGUCCUGCUGACAGACACGCACAGUGUGUGGGAGGAGAGGAUGGACUCAGCAGCCAUCCAGAGGAGAGCACAGGAGCUGAACAAACGUCUGCGAGCCCCCGUUAAAGCGUUCUUUGCUCACCUGUGCGAGGUGGCUCAGCCCACGCUGACAGGAAGUGGCGGGCGACCCGACAGCGAGUCCCUGAUUUCUCUCACACGACGGGAUGACGGAAACAUCAGCAUGAAGCUGAAGAGCGAGCUGGCAGGGCUGCCCUUCUACUGGGAGUUUCACUGCACCCCCGCCCCCGUCACUGUGGUGUGUGUCCAGCUGGUGCGCCCCCUGCUGGCGAUGAGUCAGCUGCUGCAGCGUCAGGUGGAGCAGCUGGGAGGUCUGCUGAUGAGGAAGGACGUGGAGAUCCAGGACUACAGAGAGAACGGAGCCACACUCAGCAGAGAGCGGCUGCAGACGGACGCUUUUGAGGAGCAAUCCCACAGAGAGGACUUCAUGGCAAAGACUCUUCCUCUGCUGCAGCACGACACUCCGAGCUUCAACGCUGACCUCCAACACCUGUACGCCACCAUCGUCGCCCACGGAAACACACGGAAACGCAAGCUGUCUGAGGGAGGCUGUGUCGAGGAGGAACCGCCGACUGCUGAACCAGACCUCCCCUCCACGCUGGCUGGACCGGUCAGGAGUGAACCAGGUGAGACUGGAGAGCAGAGCGCGAACGGGAAACUGGACACAGCCAGAGCCAAGAUGGCCGACAGAGCGUCAGAGCAACAGCCUCGAGCGACCUCGUCUGACCCCGGGCGGCCGUCCUCCAAGCCAAAGAAGAAGAAAGUGGGCUUGUUCAGAUGAACCCGGGCAGUAGGACACAACCACAGACGACUCAGAACGCCAUAACACAAAGUGUUUUUACCCAUAGACUGUUUUUACCAUUUAAAAGAAUUUAAAAGGGAGUUAAUCUUAAAAAAUAUUUCUUAUUUUAAACUGAAGGAUUCUUUGAUCGUUCAGGAUUCUUUAACUUUUUUUAAUCAGGUUCAGUUUUUAGAUCUUUGAAUUGUAACUGUUGAAUAAAUAUCGAUGAGUUCAGUCUUAUGAAGUCUGGAUUUUUAAGUACUUUUUUAAGCUUGUGAUUAAAGAUGUAAACACUUAAAA